UUGAUCAUCUCUAUAUAUAAGCAUAUCGGUGAGUCUAAAACCAACACAACACAAGCUUCAAAUUCUUCGAUCACUUGUAAACUUUCACAGAUUCUGCACCUCCUUUGCUUCAUUUUCUUGUUUGUCAAGUGGGAUACUCCAAUUGAAAACAAUGGCAAUUCGUAUGCCUCAGAUUAUGCAUGCCAAACAAGUCCUUCGCUGGUCUUCAUUGACAGCAGCAAACAAAGCAGCUUCCUCAACAGCAGCAGCAGAUGUUCCAAAGGGCCAUUUCGCUGUUUAUGUUGGAGAGAGCGAAAAGAAGCGAUUCGUGAUACCGAUAUCGUACUUGAGCAAUCCUUCAUUUCAAGACUUGUUAAGCCAAGCUGAGGAAGAAUUUGGGUUUGACCAUCCAAUGGGUGGUCUUACUAUUCCAUGUAGAGAAGACAUUUUCAUCGAUCUCGCUUCUCAAUUGGGUGGAUUAUGAUUCUGUAAAAGAAGACACGACUUGUUAGUAUAAUUUGACAACACCAUUUUGUAAAGCAGUAAUUGCCAUUUUUAUGGACAGCAUUAUUUCCCGAGGAAAAAAAUGUCGGCUGGAAUAUCAUAAGUAGGGACUAAUGACAUUAUAUUACAUUUAACAGCAAA